AUGACAUUAAAGGUGCUUAUUUUAGUUGGUGGGGAGACCACGGGAACAAGAUUCAGACCACUUUCCAUGGAAUGUCCUAAAUUAUUAUUCCCAUUAUGUGGUAAACCAUUGGUUUCACAUAUUAUUGAUAAUUUAACUGAUCAAUUUCCAAUUGAUGAUUUAGAGAUUUUAUUGAUGGGGUUUUUCAAAGGUCAACACAAAACCAUGUUCCAGGACUACAUUCAAAAUGUCAACAAGUCGAAUCCUGAUUUGAGAAUCAAGUAUUUGUCGGAACCAUUCCCAUUGGGAACUGCGGGUGGAUUAUACCAUUUCAAAGAUGAGAUUUUCACUGAUUCAAACUGUAAAUUAUUAAUGAUCCAUGGUGAUGUCAUUUGCAACUAUCCAUUCAAAGACAUGUUGGAAUUUUUUGAACAAACAAAAUCAAAUAUCACUUUAUAUGGUGUUGAUCCAGUUUCAUUACUUAAAAGAUCACAAGCUCAAAUUUUGGUUGUAAAUGGUACUGAAAAUGGUGAUGAGGCACAUGAUGAUGAUAUAGUUACCAAAUUUGGUGCUAUAGUUGCUGAAAGAAAGAACUCUAAAGUGGUUCAUUAUGUUGAAAAACCAAGUAGUUCCAUUUCUGAAUUUAGACAAGACAGUACUUUUGAAAUAUUAUUGAAUGGUGGUAUUUAUAUAUUUGAUAGAUCAAUCUUAGACUUAUUGACGCUGGCUGAAAUUAAGAAAAAAAAUUCAAUCCAGUUUGAUGAUGGAUUAGAUGACAACGACAGCAACGACAACGACAACAGCGAUAAUGUUCUUUCAUUAGAGUUGGAUGUUUUUAAGACUUUACCACAACUUGACAAUACAAAUUUCAAUGUUUUCAAAUCAAAUGGUUUUUGGUAUCAAUUGAAACUGCCACUCUCUGCAUUGUUGGCUAAUAACUUCUUUUUGGCACAAAGCGGAGGUACAAAAUUGUCUGCUGGCGUUGAACUUGUCCAACCAGUACAAAUUUUGACAGAGAGUAUAGCUCAAGCCAAGUCAUGUAAAAUUGGACCUAAUGUCUCUAUUGGUAAAAAUGUUACAAUUGGCAAUGGGGUCAGAAUGGUCAAUUGCAUUGUUUGUGAUGAUGUUACAAUUGGUGACAACACAAUCAUCAAAAAUGCAAUUAUUGCCAAUGGAACUAAAAUUGGAAAAUGGUGCAGAAUCGAAGGUACGAUCACAGCUAGUAUUUUAGCAAGCAAUGUGAUUAGCUCCAGCUCUGCUGCAUAUAUGAAGCUGUUGAAUGAUAUUGUUAUCUUGUGUCAAAAUACAGUUGUUCAUAAUCAAGUGUUUGUUUACAACUCGGUCGUUUUGCCACAUAAAGAAUUGAAAAAGGAUGUCAAGUACGAAAUCAUCAUGUGA